AUGCGACUUCUUGUGCUGCUAUGUGUCAUCGUUGUGGCAAGUGCCCAGUACACCUCGCAAACCUAUCCGGAUCCACGAAUAGAUCCGCUAACAUGUCGCCUACCAUUUGCCAGCUACGUCUGCGAUCCCUCUGGUGUGCUCGGAGAUGACGAUCGCGUACGCUUAAUGCAAAAAAUCAAUCAAGUAAGCUUUGCUAUGUUACAAAGGCGAAAACGGGAAUGGAAGCUGUGCUUCAACAGAAAAUAA